CAAAUGACUCGUGAGUGAUUUGAUCAGCUUGAUAAUUGCGUUAUUUUGAUUGAUUCAAAAUGAUUGACCACCACUAUUCGACGGCCGGAUGUCCGAGCGGUCAAGAAAAAUUAUGCAAUUACUAGUGAAAUUGGCAACUAUAGAGGGCACUAAAAAUCUUAAGCACGUUGUACAAUAUGGCGGACGUUAAGGAGAAGAAACGUGACUUGUUUAAGUUAAAUGAUUCUGAUGGCGAUUCUUACGAAUCUAGUGAAUACGAAGAAGAAGAAGACAGUAGUAGUGAUGCAUCAUCUGAUAGUGAUGAUUUGGGAAAUGGGGAUAAUAAAUCAGUCACGAAUACAAAAGAAAAGCCUUUGGUGGAUGAAUAUGCCAUUGAUUCGUCAGAUGAAGAAGAUAUUAGAAACACAAUAGGAAAUAUUCCUAUUGAGUGGUAUGAUGAUUAUCCUCAUAUUGGUUAUAGUCUUGAUGGAAAAAAGAUUCUAAAACCGCUUAAAAGCGAUGAGUUGGAAGACUUCAUUAAAAAAGUAGAAGAUCCAAAUUACUGGCGUACUGUAAAGGACGAAAUGACGGGUCAAAAUGUCAUUUUGAGUGAUGGAGAUAUAGAAAUUAUUCAACGCAUUCAGAAGGGAAAAUUUCCGGAUGUUACAUUUCAACCUUACGAACCAUUUGAAGAUUUUUUUACUUAUAAAACAAUGAUUCAUCCUGUCACUAAUCGCCCAGAAGAUAAAAGAAGUUUCAUUCCUUCGGAAAUUGAAAGAAAAAAAGUUAGUAGAAUGGUUCAUGCUAUUAAAAUGGGUUGGAUCAAACCUAGGAAAAAACGUGAUGACACGCCAAAGUUUUACAUGCUUUGGAAAAAUGAUGAAAAUGUUGAUAUUACAAAAAGGAUGCAACAUUAUAUUCCUGCACCAAAAAUGAAACUUCCUGGCCACGAAGAAUCUUAUAACCCCCCACCAGAAUAUUUAUUUACUAAAGAAGAAGAAGAGAAAUGGAAAGAUCAAGAACCCGAAGAAAGAAAAAUAAAUUUUGUACCCAAAAAGUACUCUUCUCUGCGACUGGUGCCUGCCUAUGAUAAUUUCAUUAGUGAACGCUUUGAUAGAUGCCUUGAUCUGUAUCUUUGCCCAAGACAGAGAAAAAUGAGGAUGAAUGUAAAUCCAGAAGAUUUAAUACCAAAACUUCCUAAACCAAAAGAUUUGCAACCUUUUCCAUCUGUUCAAGCAUUAAUUUAUCAUGGUCAUAAAGAUAUGGUUAGAUGCAUUACUGUUGAAUCUUCUGGACAGUUCUUAGCUUCUGGUAGUGAUGAUUGCACAAUUCGAAUAUGGGAAAUUUUAACUGCUCGCUGUAUGAAAGUUAUAAUGUUAGAUGGUGUUGUGAAAACUAUUGCUUGGUGUCCGGAUAAAAGCAUUAAUUUAAUUGCAGCAUCAGUUAAUAAUAAUUUAUAUCUGAUAAAUCCUGGAGUUGGAGAUAGGUUAGUAUUAAGUAAUACAGAUCAUAGAUUUAAAGAUAAACCAAUAGAUGCAGAGAAUACAAAUAAAAGUAUAUCUUGGAAAGAGGCUAAUUCUAACCAAUUCAAAAAUGGGAUACGUAUUAUUAUUUCACAUCCAAAAGAAAUAAAACAAAUAACGUGGGAAGGCAGAGGAGUUUACUUUGCCACUGUCAUGUCUGAAGCCGGUAGCAAAUCUGUUGUUAUUCAUAAACUUCCAGCAUGGACUUCUCAGAUACCAUUUCAGUGGAACAAAGGUCUAGUACAAUGUGUUCAGUUUCAUCCAUUAAAACCAUUCUUUUUCAUAGCUACUCAGCGAUAUGUUAGAAUAUACAAUCUUGUUAAAAAAGAAUUUUCAAAGAAAUUAUUGGCUAAUUGCAAAUGGGUAUCUAGUUUAGCUAUUCAUCCACAGGGUGACAAUUUAAUUAUAGGAAGUUACGAUUCAAAGUUAAACUGGUUUGAUUUGGAUCUUUCAUCUAAACCGUACAAAAGUCUUAGAUAUCAUAAAAAAGCAAUUCGAAAGGUAGCCAUUCAUAGAAAUUAUCCACUUUUUGCUUCAGCUUCAGAUGAUUUAUCUAUUAUUAUUUCUCAUGGAAUGGUUUAUAAUGAUUUGCUUCAAGAUCCUCUAAUUGUACCAGUGAAACAAUUAAAGGGUCAUACUUCAUAUAAUGAUCUAGGAGUUCUAGAUUGCUGUUUUCAUCCUAUACAACCGUGGAUCUUUUCAUCAGGUGCAGAUAAAACAAUUCGGUUAUAUACAUAAAAAGUUAGUUUAUAAUUUUCUUUAUUUUAUGAAAUCUGUAAAUAAGAUAUAUAUAAUAAAGAUAUUUCUUAGUAACUGGACAUUAUGUAUGCAUUAAUACAAAAUAACAUCAAUACAUAUAUCAUGAUAUAAUAUUUCACAAAGUUAAUACAGCGAUAGGUGGAACCAAGAGGUAACCGCGUAAAUCGGGGUAUAAUUUCACAAUUUUUGUAAAAUCCAAGUCGGAUGUAUGUAAGCUAAUAAAUGUUCUC